UGCACAUAAAAGCCAAGUGCAUGCUACCAGCAGCUGAUCAGAGCACUUUCACAGUCCUCCACUGUUGCGAACCAGUCAUCUCCUCUCCUUGGAACUUGUGCACUCAAGGUGCUGAUUUGGAAUCAACAAAAUAUCUUACUCCACUGACCUAAAGUAGACACGGAAUCCAGGCCUCUUAAGGUGAACCACAAGUGCCUUUGAUCCACUGUACUGCCCUUUCCCAAAAAUCUAAAUGUCAUGGCUGUGCUGUUAGCCCCUGUGCAGCUGCUGGCAGUGGCUGUAACAGUUUACCUAGAGCUAGUGAGAUCCAUUCAAGGGGGCGUCUAUUAUGGGAUCAAGCAGCUACCACCCCAAAUCCCACAAUAUCAGGCCCUUGGACAACAAGUACCUCACAUGCCACUGGGCAAAGAAGGCACACCAAUGCAGCACAUGGGCAAGGAGGUGCCACACAUGCAAUAUGGAAAAGAAUACCCUCACCUGCCUCAGUACAUGAAAGAAAUCCCACAGCUGCCUAUGCUCGGCAAAGAGAUGGUGCCAAAAAAAGAUAAAGAAAUGCCAUUAGCCAGUUUGAGAGGUGAGCAAGGUCCCCCAGGUGAGCCUGGACCAAGAGGGCCACCAGGGGCCCCAGGAUUACCAGGUCAUGGAGUGCCAGGAGCCAAAGGAAAACCAGGUCCACAAGGAUAUCCAGGAAUAGGCAAACCAGGUAUGCCUGGAAUGCCUGGAAAACCAGGAGCAAUGGGGCUCCCUGGGUCAAGAGGUGAGAUGGGACCAAAGGGAGAGAUUGGGCCUAUGGGAAUACCAGGGCCACAAGGACCACCAGGACCUCCUGGACUGCCUGGAAUAGGAAAACCAGGUGGUCAAGGAUUACCAGGACAAGCAGGAAUAAAGGGUGAACCAGGAAUGAAAGGACCACCAGGACUCCCGGGGCUUCAAGGGCCUAAAGGAGAAAAAGGCAUUGGGAUUCCAGGUCUACCAGGGUUAAAAGGUCCACCUGGAGUACCUGGCCCUCCAGGUCCAGUUGGACUCCCAGGGAUAGGCAAACCAGGAAUGAUUGGGUUUCCAGGACCCCAGGGACCUAUAGGUAAACCAGGAAUUCCAGGUGAACGAGGGCCUCAAGGUCUUCUUGGGGCACCUGGGAUUCAAGGUCCACCUGGCCUUCCAGGUGUUGGAAAACCAGGCCAAGAUGGAAUCCCAGGCCAGCCUGGAUUCCCAGGCGGAAAAGGGGAACAAGGCUUGCCAGGUUUACCAGGACCCCCGGGCCUACCAGGGAUUGGGAAACCAGGAUUUCCUGGGCCUAAAGGUGAUCGUGGCAUGGGUGGUUUCCCUGGAGCACUGGGACCUAAAGGUGAGAAAGGGCACAUGGGUCCCCCUGGCAUGGGUGGGCCCCCCGGGGAGCCAGGUCAACCAGGAUUACCAGGAAUAAUGGGGCCACCCGGUGCUGUUGGUUUCCCAGGACCAAAAGGAGAAGGUGGACCUGUAGGGCCUCAAGGUCCUAUUGGUCCAAAAGGUGAACCUGGCCUACAAGGUUUCCCAGGAAAGCCAGGUUUUCCUGGGGAAGUAGGACCCCCGGGUCUUAGAGGACUACCUGGUCCAAUAGGGCCAAAGGGAGAAGCAGGUCACAAAGGUUUGCCAGGCCUGCCUGGUGUUCCUGGGCAAUUAGGACCUAAAGGGGAACCUGGAAUCCCCGGUGAUCAAGGCCAUCAAGGUCCAUCUGGAAUCCCAGGUAUCGCAGGACCCAGCGGCCCAAUAGGACCACCUGGACUUCCAGGACCUAAAGGAGAACCAGGUAUACCUGGUCCACCAGGCUUUCCAGGAGUAGGGAAACCUGGUGUUUCAGGGCUGCAAGGACCACCAGGAAAACCUGGGGCACUUGGUCCACCUGGCCAGCCGGGUCUUCAGGGUCCUCCAGGGCCUCCAGGUCCACCUGGUCUUCCAAUAAUCAUCCCACCCACCCCACCGGCCAUUGGACAAUAUUUGCCAGAGCUGGGGCCUGGCAUUGAUGGAGUGAAGACCCCACCUGGCUAUAUGGGCAAGAAAGGCAAAAAUGGUGGCACUGUCUACGAAAUGCCUGCAUUCACGGCAGAACUCACCACACCCUUCCCACGGGUUGGGGUGCCUGUGAAAUUUGACAAGCUUCUCUACAAUGGCAGGCAGAACUAUAACCCACAGACUGGUAUCUUCACCUGUGAGAUCCCUGGGAUUUACUACUUUGCCUACCACAUUCACUGUAAAGGGGCCAGCGUCUGGGUAGCUUUGUACAAGAACAAUGAGCCACUGAUGUACACAUAUGAUGAAUAUAAAAAAGGCUUCCUGGAUCAAGCUUCUGGAAGCACCGUCAUUCAGCUGAUGCCUGGAGACAAAGUUUAUAUUCAAAUGCCAUCUGAACAGGCAGCGGGACUCUAUGCGGGGCAAUAUGUUCACUCAUCUUUCUCAGGAUAUUUAUUGUAUCCUAUGUAAAAACAAAAAAAAACCCAGACAAAAUUACAACUCUUUUCCUCUGCUUCAAAGUUUUAUACCAUUGAAAGAUGCAUUUACUGACAGUUUUAGAUCCCUCUUGUACAACAAAGUUUCACAUUAUGCACAGCUUGUUAUAAAAAUGGUGUGGUGAACAUAUUUUAUGAUAUGUAUCCGGUUCAUAACUGUUGUUCUGUAUCCAAUGGGGACAUAUUAGCUGUACAUUAUAUAUUUCUGCGAUACCAUACUUACUUCAUUUCAUUCACAAUAAUACAGUAUUAAGGGUCAAAUCUUGCUUACAUCACUCACUCCUGCUGCCUCUUUAACUGAACAUUGAUCUAAAGUGUGAGAUGAAAAGAUAACUUAAACAGAAUGUGUCAGUAUGAAAUGAUCAGAUAUAUAUAAGUUUGAGUAAUGCUUUUUUUUUUUUUUUUUUUUUUUUUUUUUAAAAGCAGGGUUUAUCUAAACCUGCACCAUAAGCAAAGAUUCUCUUAGCUGAAAUCCUUAUUUUCCCCACAUACAGUAUCACAGGACAGUUUCUUCCACUAACACACUUAAGAUGGAAAAGAAUGUUAGCACAAGAGAAUUUUAAUUCACUGCUUUAUCCAAACAGCCAUUGGAAUCAAAAGGAAAAUUGCCAUUGACUUCAGUGGGCAAUUGAUCAACCCCUAAUACCACAGCAUUCAAGAAGCCUCCAUAUAUAUUUACAAAGCAGAAGGUAGACAUGGUAGACCUGAGAUAUGGUUUUAGUCUAAUGACUUUAGGGAUGUUAUGCCAAAUUAUUAAAAUAAUGUAGCAUUUUGGCCAAUGAACAUCAGUGCAGUAUAAAUACACGCAUUUUCCCAGACCUUUCCUAAGAAACUGCAUUCUGUUCAGCUUUCAAAAGAAUGCACUUGUUCUGGGAUUCAGCCAAAAUUAGCUUAUUAAUGAA